UUUCUAUAUUUUUUGUUGAAAGGAAUUGCAGUGUUAGAAGGAAAUAAAACAGAAGGGGGGGAAGAAGAAGGGAUCAUUAACCCCUCUAUUACUUCUUGUUUCUUUUGAUUUGCUUGAGGCUUUCUCUUCAUUCUUAACAUACACUUAACACUGUUAAAACCAUUUAUUCUAAAGGAAAAAACCUUUUGUUUUUUACUUGUUUGAUUCGUUUUUGGUGAUAUAAAUCAAAUUCUUUUGGUCAUAAUAUCUGACCAUUCGUUUACGAAUCAAAAGUACGGAAUUCGGGAUUUUGGGUAUUCGGGGUUUGAGCAAAUACGAGUAGAAACGAUGUCGUAUGCUUACCUUUUCAAGUAUAUUAUCAUUGGAGAUACAGGAGUUGGAAAAUCAUGUCUUCUUUUGCAAUUUACCGACAAACGAUUUCAGCCUGUUCAUGAUUUAACAAUUGGUGUUGAAUUUGGAGCCAGAAUGAUCACUUUUGAAAACAAACCGAUAAAGCUUCAAAUAUGGGACACGGCAGGUCAAGAGUCAUUCAGAUCCAUUACACGGUCCUAUUACCGAGGGGCUGCUGGUGCACUUCUGGUUUAUGAUAUCACUAGGAGGGAGACUUUCAAUCACUUGGCUAGCUGGUUGGAGGAUGCAAGGCAGCAUGCAAAUGCAAACAUGACAGUAAUGCUUAUUGGCAACAAGUGUGAUUUGGCUCAUAGAAGAGCAGUGAGCACAGAGGAAGGCGAGCUGUUUGCUAAGGAACAUGGGCUGAUAUUCAUGGAGGCCUCAGCGAAAACAGCUCAAAAUGUUGAAGAGGCAUUUAUAAGCACAGCCGCGAAAAUUUACAAGAAAAUACAGGACGGCAUAAUUGACAUAUCUAAUGAGUCUUAUGGCAUAAAAAUUGGACAUGAAGCCAUCGCAGCAUCAUCAGGAGGUAGAGAUGGUACGGCUUCUCAGGCAGGCGGCUGCUGCAGCUGAAAAUUAGGUUCUCUUUCCAAGUUGAAAUAUUUUGGGCAUUUGAUUGUUAAUUUAUAGGUUUGUUGUACUUUUGCUAUUGGAUUCUCCAUCAUCUUGUUUUUACAAUAAUCUUCCACAGGUUACUAAUAGAUAUAAUUGUUUCUUAUUACAUAA